AGCUUUCGGUUUUCUUUAACUUUUUAGUCAGAUUUGAUGUCACGUGAGCUAGGGAUUAAUGACGCAAUAUGUCAACAAACUUUCGAAUCCUGGAGAAACACGUGACAAAUUCUUCAAUUACUUUCAAUUGACACGUGCUUUUAUUUUGCAAUUUAUAACUAUAACACAGAUUAAAUGACUUUUUAAAACCACGUGUACCAAAACUUAUUCAUAUCAAUUUAAUGAUGAAAAUUCCCACAUAUAUAUACAAAUGUUUAAGUUAUACUCAAAAUACUCGUUCAAAGCUUGUUAUAUUGGGAACCGGAUGGGGAGGUUAUAGUGUCUUAAAUUCCAUCAAUAAAAAUCUUUAUGAUAUUGCAGUUGUUUCUCCACGAAAUUACUUUUUAUUUACUCCCCUUCUAUGUAGUACUACUGUUGGAACUUUGGAAUUUAGAUCUAUAAUUGAACCAGUAAGAAAAUUAAGAAAUUUUCAUUCAACGGAUCAGUUUCAUCUAGCAUAUGCUGUUUCCUUAGAUGCAAAAAAUAAAUUUGUUACUUGUAAGAAUGUGAUUCGUCCAGAUGAUGAAUAUCAAUUAAAAUAUGAUAAAUUGAUAAUUAGUGUUGGAGCAUUAAAUAAUACAUAUGGAAUACCUGGUGUUAAAGAAUACACUUUUUUCUUAAAGGAAAUUAAUGAUGCCAUGAAAAUUCGAAAUAAAAUUUUGGAUAACUUUGAAGUGGCUUUAGAGCCUAAUACAUCAGAAGAUGAAAGAAAAAGAUUAUUGCACAUUGUUAUAGUAGGAGGUGGACCAACAGGUAUAGAAUUUGGUGCAGAAUUAUAUGACUUUGUUAAACAGGAUGUUUCUCGAUAUUAUAAGAAACAAAAGGAUUUAAUCAAGGUUACGUUAAUUGAAGAGAAAAAAAUAUUAUCAACAUUUGAUAAAAAGCUUCAGUCAUAUGCAGAAAAGAAAAUUCGUCAGAGAGAUAAUUUUAUUUUAGUCAAAUCUACAGUAGUAGAAGUAAAACCAAAAAGUGUAGUUUUGGCAAAUGGAGACAAUAUAUCUUGUGGAUUGGUUGUAUGGAGUACAGGUUUGGCACCUCGUGAAUUUACCAAUGGACUUGAUGUUUCUAAAACUCAAAAUGGUAGGAUAUUGACAGACAACUAUUUGAGAAUUUUGGGAGAAGAAAAUAAAGAUAUUUAUGCUAUUGGAGACUGUUCUGAGAUACAAAAUAUGUCAUUACCUGCAACUGCUCAGGUUGCAGAGAGACAAGGUCGUUAUUUAGCAAAAUGUCUGAAUAAAACAGAUACAUCCGAUAUUCCUGAAUUUCAUUUUAAAUCUAUGGGAAUGUUAGCUUAUAUUGGAGAAUAUACAGCAUUAAGUGAUCUACCUGAAAUGAAACUGCAAGGUUUCUUCUCUUGGUUCCUAUGGAGGUCUGCAUAUUUGACAAGAUUAGGAAGUUGGAGAUCAAGAAUGCAGGUGCCUAUGGAUUGGUUAAAAACACUUCUUUUUGGAAGAGAUAUUUCUAGGCUCUAACUUUCAUGCAUAAUAAAUUAGAAUUAAGUAUAAAAGAGUUUUGUAUAGUUAAAUUGCAAAAAUAAAGUGUUAAUGUGAAAGAGAACAUAGUUUAGCAUGUUCUUAUUAUGAUUCAGUUUUGUACAGAUUUAUUAUUUUUUUUAAAUAAAGCAUUUAAAUUGUUUUGUAUUUACAUUUUAAAGAGUUUUUUUUAUUUUAUAGUUUAUAUUAAUACUAAUUUUUUAAUCAUUAUUCAACAUACAGUGCGAUCUUAAAGUCCCUCCUUAGUGGGUCAUGCUCACGUAGCUCAGCUGAGUGGUGACAUCAUAGCUUAUUUCAACUCUUUCAAUGGAUGCGUUUACUUUUUGCUAACUUCCAAGCUCGCCGAGCUGACACCUAGCGCAGCCUGAUGUCAAACUAGCCAUCUUUGAACAAACUCCAAGCU